CUGUUUCGUUCACAUCACAGUGUCAUGCUGUAGAGCUUUUCCUGAAGUGAAACAUUGUUGGUUUUUGAUGUGAUUUUCAGCCAUUCCAGGAGUAUUUUAGAAAUCACUGUCAACAUGGGAGGAGACGACUUAAACAAGGCACGGAAAAAGCGACUAGAUGAUAAUGCAGUUGAGUUUCGAAAUAAAGUGAUUCCCUCCGAGCUUUUGCCUCAUCUUACCUGUCUUACAGAUGGUACCAAGGAGAAAAUUAUACAAAAGGAAGUAAAUAAUGGGCCCAUGAGUGCAGCUUUACAACUCAUCAUGGUUGUACGUAAAAACGAUGACUGGUUCGAACAGCUCAUUCCAGCUUUAAGACAAAUUGGUCAAAACAAAUUAGCUGAUCUGCUGGAUGACCCCGAGGUGGACCAUUGUGUCCAGCGUCCUGGUGUCCGACAGAAUGGUCCUCAACCCGACCCCAGCUUCAACCCUAUAAACGACAGACAAACUGUUGAUAAAGAAGGCAAAGGGGCAACAUUUUCCCCACAUCGCCCCCGAAACCAAGGGGCAUCAAGGUACCCACCUUACCAGAAUGAAGAGCAAGCCAUUGCCAGGAGAGGUGAAAGGGUCACUGGUGACACUCUGUAUCGUCAGUUGCCCGCCACUGUGAUGGAUGUGCUCAGACUACUCGACGAACCCAGUAUCUCAGGCAAAGAUUGGCAAGGACUUGCUGGAUGCUUAGGGUACACCAUUGACAUUGUUGAGCGUUUGAAGUUGAGGGAGAGUCCGACCGAGGCACUCCUGUUGGAAUGGGGUUUUGGGGAAAAGGCAACUCUUAAUUCACUGCUGAAAGCACUCCACGCCAUAGGAAGGGUCGAUGUUUAUCAACAACUUCAGGAUGUGCUGGGGUUUCACAUCGAGGGCUUCGAUCAGAUUCCUCGACCAAAAUCCCCACCCCAAGUGCCAUCUGUAGUGAAUCUCCCGAAGUUAGAUUGCGCAUGGGAUGACAGUGAGGAAGCAAAAGUUGAAAUUAAAAAACAACCAAGAAAGCGUAAUGACAAACCAAGAGACAGCUCUUCAGAAGCCAAUCGGGCGGGGGAAACCAUUUCCGAUGGCAACAAGAGGAAUGCUGGGAAUUCGGGAUUGGACAUCACCAACACUGGCAGCAGUGGUCAAGUGGAGGCAAAGGAAGUGAAUAAGGAAUGCCCGGUCAAAGACCAAGUUGGAACCGGGCAAAGCAGUGGUUGCUCUGAAGCCCCUGGCGCUACUACUUGUGCUGACGAGCCCAUCACCAAUAGAGACGAGACCAAGUCCAUGACCAGAAGCAAAACUGACACAUCGGAUCAAGACAUAGCGCCAGAGAGUAAAAGUACCACAAGGGAAGGCGGUAGCAUCAUGAAUAACCUCAACAGAAAUCCCCAUGCCAUGAAGCAAAAUAUCUCCACCGAUCAAAGGGAAAGCGCCCUCGAACCCAAACCCCAGAAUAAUCAACAGUAUGUCGAGGACAAUUUGAGGGAGUCGGAUCAACAGAGCAGCAAUAUAACGAUGAGCAAUGGAACAAAGAUGGUUGCCGGUAACAAUGCAAGUAGUAAUUACAACUUGGACAGGGGUGGUCAAGCAGCCGAUCAAAGAUUCUUGGAUCCCGUCGAUGAGAACUGCAGGGGAAAAAAAUUACUGUCGCAAACUUCACGAGCUAGCACAACUUCAAGUUUGAAUGAUGACAUGGAUACGAUGUAUUCCGCCACUGGUCCAGAUGAUUGUUAUUGGUCCCUGAGGAACCCUGACUCAUUGGACGCAACAAUAGGUGAACUUCUAAUGUCUGACGCAAGCUUACCUGCUAUUGCUUGUGCCGGCAAGCCCAUCACCAAUAGAGACGAGACCAAGUCUGAGACCAGAAGCAAAGACGACAAGGAGCCAGAGAGUAAAAGUGCCACACCCGACUUCACAGCUUUAUCAACUCACCAAGUCAUAUCUACACCCGAUACUAGGGGAUCAGAGAGUCCUCACAAUACCACGCUCGUGCCAAAAUCUGACAGAGUGCAGAAGUCUACGAAAGGCACUCCAGUCACACAGCCGGCACAUGUGCCUGCAGAAGUACCUGGUGGCCUCGGAUUGCUGUCAGCUGAUCCUACUUUUAGCAAAGACUCCUUAAUGGCGGCAAUUACUCCUGGUAGAAUGCUGCGCGAAUCCCAAACAGCAUCGACCCAGGAAGCAGAAGGGAAAUUACAACAGCUUGACGCUAAGCAACCAGCGAGUGGAAUCCAGGAUGACCCUCAUAAAACGAAGCAGAACCUACCUUCGACCAACAUCAGUACCAACUCAACCCCAGCUUCACCCCUGCAUGAGGAGGAUGUUACUCACGAUCAAAAACAGUCAAUGAGUGAAGACGAUCCUUCUCUGGAACUCCAGGAAAGCAUUCUGGAACCCCAGGAAAAUGCUGACCCUGCACCCCCAGAAAUUGAUGAACCCCAGGGGACAUCUGUUUUAGGUUCCAUCCUCCGAGCAGGUCCUGCUUUACUGUCAUUUGUGUCUUCUGUUCAGCAUGGAGACUUUGCACCGUACAAGAAUUGACAGAAAUAAUGUCCGUUUAUAAUAAUAAUAGUAAUAAUAUAGAAAAGUUUGCGGUAACACCAUGUAAUAACAAUCUCUA